AUGGGAACGCCGGCCUCGGUAGCGAGCGAUCCCCCGGGACGAGCGGCGCCCGCCACCCGCGGCCGCAAGCGGGCCUCGGCCAACAUUUUCCAGGGCGUGGGGCUGCCGGAGCUGCGCAGCCUGUUCCAGAGCGGCGGGGCCGAGAGGCCCGAGGAGCGCGCUCGCCUCGUCUGGCGCUACGCAGGGCAGCGCCGCAUGGCACGGGCGCUGCGACAGCUCAGGCGGCGGAAAGCGGCACGGCGCGGCGGUGAGACGACGGCUUUACGGCGCUUCGGCCGCCUCCGGAUCACCGAUAAGGAGCCCGAGGGAGAUUGCAGGGACGGGGCGGCCUCGGCGCCCCUGCAGCAUCACUGAGUGCGCAGCAGGCCCGCCGCACAGACCGGGCACACCGAGGACACUAAGUGUACAGGACAUGAGUGUACUGGUUAAUAAAAGGUGGACCCGCA